AUGCUAUUUGCAGUCGAGUACUUCGAUCCCCAUGACGUCUACAAGCUCGUCACCCCGGGCCUCAUUCCACGACUUCCUCUUCGAAAUCUCCACUGGCAGUCGCAUGCUGGACCUUUGCGCUCGAUCGAUACCCUUCAUGUCGAGCUCACACCCGCCGGCGGAGAGCCGUCUGCCCCAAUCUCACCAACUGUUUCCCCCCCGCUCCGCCGAUCAGUCAGCGCCGGCGCCAAAGACGAUGGCUUUCAGACGCAAUCAAUUGGAGGCAAGAGCACAUCGUCAGAUAUUUCCGAUACGCCAACUGUAGCUGCGCGGCAGCCCGGCAAGGAACGACGCCACCAAAUACCGGGCCUGAGGCGGACACCCUACCUCAAAGUCCUACUCGUUCGAUGCGACGACAGCGAUACGUACAAGUCCCAAACAAGGGCGGAAAUCAGAGAAUGGAUCAAGAAGAACACGCCGCCCUCGCAAUCUACGCGCAAGUUAAACACACAAGAGAACCAUGAUGCCUUUGAGUUCCUCAUUAUCCACGUCGUGAUACCCAAUACUUUUGCUGCAAAUCAGCCCAGGGUCAGCGGAAAAGGUCUCGAUGCCGCAGAGAAAGCAAGGUCAUCUAGAUGGGGCUCCGGAUCUUCGACACUACUGGAGAAGCUUCGGUCGGACUUCAACAGUUCAAGCAAGGGCGCGAUGGAUCGCGUGGCCCAGAUUCGUAUCGGCAUCAACGACGUUCCAUACGACGUGCUGCCUCGAGUUGUUCCUGCAACCCCAACCGGCUAUACCGAGUCGCGCCAGGAUGCCGAAAACGCAUGGGAUUACCUCAUUGGAAAAUUCAAGGAAUUGAUUUUGUCAUCCUUUGACAUGAGGGUAUCCCAGUACGAGGAAGACAUCAAGGAGAAGGACGCUCAGCGGGUUCUACCGGGAUGGAAUUUCUGUACCUUCUUCAUACUCAAAGAGGGUUUAGCGCGUGGCUUCGAGAGCGUCGGUCUUGUGGAGGAUGCUUUAGUCGGCUACGAUGAGCUCAGCGUUGGCCUUGACACCGUCAUUCAAGAACAGGCUACAUCCGGAGAUCCCCGGACGCACGGUGGCUCUUUGUUGAGCCACACAGAGGACCUCGUGAAGCGAGCUGAGGCUGCCGUUGCAGAGCUGGGUGCUGAGGACGAAUCUCUGGUAGACGAUCAGCUUGUUGAUCUCCAGGCCACGGGUGCCCCCAAGACGGACAAGUUCGACGACAUUCCCAUUAGCGCCACCAAAAAGCCAUACCGCGAAAUGAUAGUCGCCAACAACGUGUCGGUCUUUGACUUCCGCUGCUACAUCUUUGCGAGACAAAUAUCGCUGUUGCUUCGCCUCGGCAAUGCUUGGUCGACCAGGGAAGACCUCCUAGCAAAGCUUAGGGAGCAACAGGAGUCUGUUCUUCACGGUGUUGCACCGCGAGCGCCGCCUCCAAAGCAGACAGAAGAGGCCGAAAACCUGUCCAUGUUGGCCGAGAUCUGCCGCAGAACGCUCGAGUUUGUACCGGCUGUUUCGCAAGUCAUGAGAGCCGACGUCUUGGCGGCGGUGAAGAACAAGCUUACCGAGGAAGAUUCCCCAAUUCUCAACCCUGUCCUGGCAGAGGCUAUAGAUAAUCUUGUUGCAUCCUUCGCGUUUUCCGUUGCGCAGCAGAUUCUUGCUCAAACAUCGAGCAAAGCGCUGCCCAUACCACCAUCCACCCUGGCUCCCUCUGACGGUCAUGAGCCAAAGUCAUCAAUCCCGGAGCUGAAGACUAUGUUACACCCUGCUCGAAACUCGUCUCUGCGCGUGGGAACAAACUCCAACACGAGUAUGAGACCGCCGCUCAGUCCUGGGAUAUUUCCUGGAGCAACAGGUUCCAACCCUAAUGACACAGUGACACCCAACGCCCAAUUUCUCAAAGCUGGUUUAGAAGAAUUGGCUGCGCGUCGUGCAGAGCUGUAUGCUUUGUCUAGGAAUGUCCUCCAAGGCAGCGGCAAGAAACGGGGCUGGGAUAUUGGAUGGACUUCGGCGCCCGUACUGGGGGAAAUGGAUGGCAACGACUUUGAAGACAUCGAUCUCGACGGCGAUGACAAAAAGUCGCAGACAGACAACCCAGAACCGUUUUGCAUAGGUCUGGCUGGUAUUGAGAACGGCCUUCUCCAUACCGCUCUCGACAGUCGAGAUGACUUUUAUCGCCUGUACGAGACACUUACGGACAAGGCCUUGCGCCAUUAUACCGUGGCCAACCACACUCAUGCAGUGAAGACUAGCAUGGCUGACCUCGCUGUGCUCAAGUAUCACCUGGGCGAGUAUGGCCCGGCCGCUUCAUACUUUUACAUGACUACACCAUUUUUUGGAGAAAACAGCUGGAGCCUGUUGGAACUGUCUAUGCUUGUCAUGUACUCUCGAUGUCUCAAGGAGCUUCAGCGCAAGGAUGAGUUUGUUCGUGUGGGAUUGAAGCUCCUGACGAAAGCGGCAGCCGCAGAAAACGAGAGACUUGAAAAGAAGAAGCCCUCAGUUGGAGCCCAUUCAGAGGUCCAGUACCCCGAGAAAAGCGCCAUUGUUGGUUUCCUCGAUGAAGUGUUGAGUGUAGCCAAGACCCUGUCCAACGAAGUCAGGGUUCCCCUAGGGCAUCUUUUUACCCAAGUUGAAGUGGUCGGACAUCCCGACUACCACACUGGAAAAGACUGUUUCUCUCUCACCAUCAAGUUGAGGAGUUUGCUUAUAGAUGACCUGAGUUUGGAGAAGGCUGCCAUUCGUUUGUCCAGGACGUCAUCGGGAGGAACAAAGGAGGUUUGGCUACAUACUUCUGAGGCGAACACUCUUAAGCCAGGGAUCAACAAGUUGCGGCUUACCAGCACUACAAACGUUGCCGGACAUUACAGAAUUGACCGGGCAGAUUUAAUUUGCAACAAAGUAGACCUGCACUGGGAGCGAGACGUCAACCAAACACCCAGCAGGACGGCACAUAUCUUCCGUCUGCCCGACUUGGAGCUCUAUCGCCCAGCCGGCGGUCUGAGCUGUCGCCUGACGGCAGCAAGAGACAUACAGUUGGACAAAAAUAACUCACUUGACCUGGAGCUCCUAACGGGGUGGAACUCUAUCAAAUCCUGUGAACUUUCGGUAAAACCGUCCACCGGCGGUCUUCGAAUCAUCUCGACCGAAGCAACGUUCCUUGGGCCUACAUUUGAAUACGAAAAGCCUAUGGAAGCCGGACUCUUUCGCUUUGAAACUGUCUCCGCGUCGUCCGCCAUCAAAAUGCGUUUCCCGUACACCAUCGAGCAAGAUGUUUCAAGUAUUUCGGCAAGAGUCGAACUGACUUAUACCACAAAUGCGGGCACCUACUCAUACUCUAACGUAUUUUCAGUCCCUGUGGCGCUCGCCUUGGGUGUCAACGUUCAGGACGUCUUCAAACACAAUGCCUUGUUCUCCCGCUUCAGCGUUUCGACAGCCUCGCUGAGCCCGCUGAGAGUGUUUGAGACGCAACUCAUUGACUCAGAUGUUUUUGCUGCGCACUCUGCAGCCCCACCAAACAAAUCCGUCAUGGUGUUCCCAAAGCAGCCUGCCAGUUUGCUUUAUAAAAUUACGCGCAAAGCUUCAGGCAAUACCACACCCAAGACUCAGCGGAUCCUGUAUCUCAAGCUCCAUUAUAGCGUUGUAUUGGAUGAGAUUAUUGCCCUCAUCGAAAACUCCCUGUCAAAGUUUAUUCAGAAAUCCCCGCUGUCCUCAUUCUCCGGCCUGUUAAUCAACCGAGUUCUUGCAGAGGUGCGGUCUUGCUUUUCGGCUUACGACUUGGAACGAGCUGCCCUUCUCGGCGAGGUCUCGACGGCCUUCGUAUCGCCUUUGCUGACAGAUAAGAUCUUCAGAGGCUUAGGGAUAGUCCCUGGCGAUGAUAGAGAUGCUUCUACAGCGCUACAAGCAUUCCUCCUGGCCUGGCAGUCAACACAUCCAAAGUUGGCCAUCAAGGAAAUCCAGUCGACCAGUCGAUCGAUCCUCAUUCCUGUUGAUGUUCCCUCCAUCCCCGUUUUCCACUCGAUUGACAUUCAGCUUCCACUGCCCGACGAGCAGAUUGCAGGUUCAACAUUGGCUGUCAACCAGCUCCUAUCUGCCAAUUUACGUUUACGGUGGACCCGCAUAUGGGACACGGCUAUCAGUGAUGGCAAAGGCAUCAAUAGGGACUACGAGUUCAGCUUCGAUGUGACCGGCCCAGGCGACAUGUGGCUCAUCGGGGGCCGUAAGCGCGGCAACUUCAAGAGCCUGGGAGUAAACAAGUCAGAUGCCAAGUUUGGAGAAUCCGAGUUGCACGUUCCCGUUCUCAUCGUUCCGCUGCGCGAAGGGCGACUGCCCUACCCCAACGUUGAAAUUCGCGAGGUUAAGAAGGAGGAGAGCGACGAAACAGCCGGACAUCAUGAGAUCGAUUACCAAAACAUUGGAGAAACAGUGCGUGUCGUUGCAGACUUGCAACGGGUCACGUUAAGUCUGGAUGCUAGUGGUCCCAGUGGUGGUCCACUGAUCCUCGAGAGCGAACGACGCGAGUUCCAGCAUCGUAUUUUGUUGUGA